AGCCGCACACGACGUUUAAAAAAAUAUCGCCGCGGACUAAAGUACAUUCUACAAUAAUAUCAUAGUAUAAUAUUAUAUAUUAUUUAUAAUAAAUACCAUUGUAUCCGGAUCCAUUUCCGGUACAUCUCGCCGUCGUCGUAUAAACCGCACGCGGCCGUCGUCGUCGGUGCCCGAUAAUAUCAUACUAUAUAUUCGCGAUCUUCUUUUUCGUCCCAAAAAAACGAGCGUUAUUCCAUAUUACUGCAACUAUAACCUUUUCGCUCCCCGACGCCACACGCGCACACGUCUGUGCCGCGAUUUUUACCCGUACAACCACUUCGAGUGGUCGCCGUCGUCGUCCGCACCGUGUUUUGUACGCAACAGGCUUUUGAUCCGCCGCCGCCGCCUUUAAUACGCCAACGGCACGCAAACGGCGUACACGCGUGUACAUUUAACACCGUUCGUCUGACUACCGGAUAACCGCGAAAAAAGGAUUAACCUAAGUGGCGGAAUGCAGAAUGUUUUAGGGAGGAUAGCGGCCACAUUGGUUAUUUUAUGUCCAGUAAUUGUCUUUACAAUACCGGAGUCUGCUAUUCAAGCGUCAUCAAUCAAAUCCAGUCAAACUGAACAAGAUAACUCGGACUACACGAGGUCUUUCGACGAAGACCAAGAGGAGAAACGGGCAUGGCGAGAUUUGCAGACGGCUGGCUGGGGAAAACGUGGUUGGCAAAACUUAAAGACCACGUGGGGCAAACGGGCACAGGACUGGCAGAAUUUGCACUCGUCGUGGGGCAAGAGGCAGGGCUGGCAAAAGUUACACGGCGGAUGGGGAAAGCGCGGAUGGAAGGACAUGCAGUCCGGGGGCUGGGGAAAGAGGUUUAAGGAUCAGCCCGCCAGUGGUCAAUUGUCUCAGUUUGACGAGUAUCUAGACAAAUACGAAGAAGAAAAUCCUAACGAAGCAGAAAAACGAUCAUGGGACAAUUUCCAGGGAUCUUGGGGCAAAAGAGCAGCUGAUUGGACAAGCUUUAGAGGUUCGUGGGGGAAAAGAAAUCCCGUGGACUACAUGAACGAGUACUCAGGAUAUGGAGACAACGAUAAUUACAAAGCUUAUAUUUUUCCGCCAGGUUACAAUAGUUAUUUACCCAACUUCCAAACGGAAUAUGAAAAAUGAGACGUCAAUUCUCAACUUUUGAAAGUACUACCACGAAAAAAAUAUUAACUAUUAGCCCUAAAUUUACAGACUAUAUUAUACUUAUAUCAGAUUGUGAAAUAAAAUUAAUAUAUGUACCUAUGCCUCCGUAAUAAUAUUAUUACAUUCAAGUAAUCAUUAAAAAUAUUUUUGUGCAUUUAUAUAAACUUUUUUUUGUUCAGGUAAAUAUUAAAUAUUAAUAACCAAAAUUAUAUUUAUUUAUUUUUUAAUCUUAUGAACAAAAAUUAUGUUUCCUCACUCGUA